AUGCCGACCUUCAAGAUACAAGGGCAAAUUUACCACAAAAUCGGUUCCUUGCUGCCAUUCCCAGAUGCUAACUAUCAAUUUUUGCAAAUUUAUUUCCUUGGCAAUAAUCAAAAUGAAGUCGAUACACGUUGUGCAUUUUUUAAAAGUGCCAGAAGAUUGAUAACUGAAGAAUUGCAAGCAAUAUUUCAUGAACAUAACGAAUUGGUUACUACGUUUAAGACAGCACUUGAUCAAAUGCAAUCUGAUGAUCAUAAAAUUGUGAUUAGAGCUGACAGAAGACCGAUCGGUGAACACGAACGAAAGGAAAAUUCAAAGGUGAAGACGUAUUGAUUCCGCGUAUUCCACUGAUUCCACCAGAUUUAGCUUUUGACUUCAAAAGAUUGCAAUUUCCAAUACGUCUUGCAUUUGCAAUGACAAUAAACAAAGCA